UUACAUAAAUAAAAAUUUCAUUGAGAGGAAACCAGUCACUAAAUUGUUGUGGUUAGUUUCCAAGAUGGACGCCAAGAAACACAAGUUGAAAUACGAUUGAAUGGAUCUGUAUUCACCGGGAUGAAUGUAUUCGAAGCCAGUGUCAUGUGGAAAGUGUGUGAUUACGUGGAAGCAGUACCCAGCCAUCAAGGCACAUCAGUGUGAUAGGUAAUCAAGUUAAAUCCUGAGGAUAAUGUCACAGAAUGGAAUGCCACAAGAUUUCCACCACUACACCCCACAACAUCCCCUUCCUGGACCCAUACAGGAGAUGCCACGAGGGGAGACGGUGUGCCAGUACUGUGGAGUCAGCUAUCUCAUACACAAUGAAAUCAAAGCCCUGGAAGAAAAGUUGGCAGCUGCAGAGGAAGAGCUACAGCAUCUCCGUGGGGGGCCAAAGCGGGAGGAGGAAUUGACGAGUCAGCUGAAUCAACAACGCGACAUCAUCACGCUGCUCAAGGCUGAGGCAGCUCACAAGGAUGAAUGCAUCUCAGGUCUACAGAACGUGAUUCAGUCGAGUGAGGAGAAGCUCAAUGCCAUCCAGCAGGGUCAGAAUGACAUCAGUCAGACUGCGGAGAAACUCAGGAAGCAUAAUGUAGAUCUGUGUGAUCAGCUGCGGAGAACGUCCUCAUCUCUAAAACAGCAUCGAACAGAGAUAACAUCUCUCAAGGAACAGAUGAACCAACAGAAGACUGACAGCAGCGAACUCAUCAAGACAAUAUCCACACAGAUCCUGCAGGCAUGGCAAGCCUAUGCUAAAAGUGGGGAGGAGAUGGAGUCUCGGAUGGGCGUCCUGCAGAUGGAGAACAAUGUGCUCACCCAAUCCUCCAAGACACUGAAGACGGAGCUGGCCGAACACAAGGUCAAGGUCGACAGACUGAACACAGUCCAGGCACAGUGUGACAAGCUGACAGAUUCGGUGUCAAAGUUGACCAGUGAGGUGUCCAGUCUGACGUCCACCAACAGGCAGCUCAGUAUGGAGGCUCAGCAGUUCCAGGAGCAGCUCAGACUGAAGACGAAGGAGUCAGAAGACCAUCUGACUCAGAGUCGGAGGCGGGACCAGCAUCUGGAGACAGCUCUCAGUCAAGUGACCCAGGAGCUGCAGGAGAAGAUCGCGGACCUGGCGGCCUGCAAGAAGAAGCUGAAGGACAUGGAGAACAGAUUUGUGGAGCAUCAUCGCAAGGAGGAAGAGUUCAACUCCCGGACCGCUGCAACCAUCAAUGAGAGUAAAGAACUGAAGGAGGCAUUGACUCGACUACGUGGGGACAUGGAGGCGCUUAAAGACGAGAGGGAGUUGAUGAUCACAGCCCAUCACAACCGUAUUGAACAACUAAGGGAGAGCUUCAAGAACAAGCUGGCAGAAACAGAACACUGGCCAGAGAGACUGGAACAAGCCCUGAAGUCGGAGCGUGAGAAGCACCAGGUGGAGAUGACCGUCUUCUCACAGAACCUCAAGGAUGACUUCGUGUUGGAACUUCAAGUAGAGAAAGACAAGUAUGAUAAGCUGGUGGAGAAAUACCAAUCUGAGCAUCGAGGCAAGAACUCGGAGGUUGAGCAGCGUCUGGUGGAGCAGCAGAACCAGCAUGAGCGAGACAUCACCAACAUGAGGAUCAAGAUGGACUCGGAGCUGAAAGUUCUCCGGGAGGAGCUGGCCCGUGCCGUGGAGACAGAGCAGGAUCUGAGGAAGGAGGUGGCCAGUCUCAAGGCCAUCAUAGCCAACCUUGAGAACAGACUCGGCUUGCUGAGUGAGGGCAGUGUGGAGGAGAUGCAGACGCUGAAGGAGAUGCUGUCACAGAUGCGUCUGAACCUGGACCAGCAGAAGGACCAAGUCCGGGGCACAGAAGCCAGACUGGCCGAGGCCAUGGAGGAGAACCUGUUCCUGCAGGAGACAGUGAGGAAGGAGUGUGAGGAGAGGUUUGAGCUGACGGAGGCUCUCAGUGACGCCAAGCGCGAGCUGCUGGAACUGAAAAGGCCGGCAGGUGGAUACCCCUCAUCAGCAGGAUCGCAACGCAGUGGUUACCAUGGCAACAUCCCUCGAAAGACUGGCAGUGUCAUCAGUCUCGCAUCCGUCCCCAGUCAGCCGGUGUCUGCCCGCACCAACACAACGCCACCUAGUGACCAACCAGCUUCAAACAACAUUGGUUACCAUGGCGAGUCUGCUAAGCCCCCCGGUAAGAUACGGGGCGGGAGUGUUGCUGAGAACAGGAGGAGAAUUGCUACUAUUCUUGGGAAGAGAUGAUGCAGGCCAGAGAGGGAGGAAGACAGCACUGUGGUUGCGGAAGCAGGUUUAUAUGAACUGCCAUGGUCUUCCAUGUGUUGUAUAGGCUGCCAUGCUCCAGGAAUGAAUCUCCUAGCUCUUUGAGAUGGAUCCCAUUUUCCAGUAUUCUGAAUUAUCGGUUCAGAUAUUUUGCUCAAUUUGAAGAUCUGCAAAGUUGGUAUCCAUAUUUAGGAGUGACAAUAUGACUGUGAUAAUGUCCCUUCGUUGAAAUAACAUUAAUAGAAGUGGUUUGCAAUUCAAAAUUGUCUUUGAGGCUUCAGAUGUUCCUGCUUUAGAGAAGUCAGUGAUAUGGCAUCAUAUAUUUGCCCAUAGAAUUGUGAUGGUUCACAAGUUGGGACAUCACAGAUUUACCAUUCAGACGGACAAAGAGACAAAAUGCAAUGUUGCUUCAAACAGUAUCUGUCAUAUAUCUGUGUCUAAACAGAUACUGUUUGAAGUAACGUUUCUCACUAACUCACUCUCUGAUUGUCAUUCCACACUGAACUGGACUUGGAGUCCACACUAAGCCAGACUUUGUUUGAGUCCACACUAAGCCGGACUUUGUUUGAGUCCACACUAAGCUGGACUUUGUUGGAGUCCACACUAAGCUGGACUUUCAGUCUAAACUAAACACAUAAUAUUUCUUGUGCAAGACUUGUUUCAUACCAAGAUAGAUAAGAGUGUUGCACUAUAAGUGAAGUAUUUAGCUGUCCACUUUCUGGUUGAGGGAAUUCAGAAUCACCUCUAUCAAGAUAUCGAAACCAACAGGUGAGAAGUCAAACUUAAACAUUUUGCAUUAUAUUUCAUUGUUUAAAUCAGACCUCAUCUCAUAUUCAUCUUGUCUUUAUUAGACAAAUGUGUAAUUUUCAUCACAUAUGUUUAAUUGAUGUAUACCCACUCAUGUCAUACACCGUCCAAUUGAUGGAUCACUUGGUGAUGUAUCAAACCAAUGACAAAUGUUUCAUUGUUAUAUUUUUAUACCUGUUAGCGUCUUACAUUCUUCCAUCUACAACCCCUCCUGGUGUCGAUGUUCCUCACUCACUCACUCACUCACUCACUCACCCACCAACCAACCCUCUC